UUCAGUAUACAAACCGAAUUGUCACAAACACAAGAGCUUUGUAGCCGGCAAAUAUAGUGGCAAACACUUACGCGUACUCAUCGCAACAAUAUCACAAUAGUGGCAACAACAGUGAAAACGCAGUAUCAUUCGAGAGCAACAAAACAUUUUCGAUCAAGAGAGAAAAUAGUCUCGAGAAGACUUUCUAUCAUUCAAGUCUGAAAAUUCACUGUCACCACUUGUGUCACGCUUAUCAGAUAUUUUUUUUUAUUGCAACCAAUUUAAGGUAGUAAUUCAGACAGUUGUCUUUUUUUAAACAAUUAGAAUUUAAAUUGGUUUUGUGAUCGAAAAGAAGAAAGAUGUCAAGCAACACUCUCCCAUUGCCUGAUGAUUUGAGAAAGUUGUUCGAGCAUGUCGAUGCGAAUAAGGCUCGAUACAUCGAAACAUUGAAGGAGGCCGUUGCUAUAAAAUCGGUAUCGGCAUGGCCAGAUAGCCGACCCGAUGUGGUUAAAAUGAUGAACUGGGCGGCUGACAAGCUUAAAAAACUCGGCGCUCAAGUUGAAUUGGCCGAAUUAGGAACACAAACUCUGCCCGAUGGCACAAAAAUCCCAUUGCCGCAUGCAAUUUUGGGCGUUUUAGGCAAUGAUCCAAACAAAAAAACGGUCGUUCUUUACGGCCAUUUGGAUGUUCAACCGGCAUUGUUAUCCGACGGCUGGGACACCGAACCAUUUGUCUUGACCGAAAAAGAUGGCAAAUUGUAUGGGCGCGGUUCAUCCGAUGACAAAGGGCCAGUCAUCUGCUGGAUUCAUGCCAUUGAAGGUUUCCAAACGCUGGGCAUUGAUAUUCCAGUGAAUAUCAAGUUUGUGUUUGAAGGGAUGGAGGAGAGUGGCAGCGAAGGUUUGGAUAAACUGUUGAUGGCACGCAAAAAUGACUUCUUCAAGGGCGUUGACUACGUUUGCAUUUCGGAUAAUUAUUGGUUGGGCAAAGAAAAACCCUGUAUCACAUAUGGUUUGCGUGGUCUUUGUUAUUUCGGAGUCGAAGUGCAAUGUGCAGACAAAGACUUGCACAGUGGCGUAUACGGCGGUGCUGUUCACGAAGGUAUGGCUGACUUGGUUUAUUUGCUCAACACUUUGGUUGAUAAAGAUGGUCGCAUUUUAAUCGAUGGCAUUUACAAUGAUGUGGCUCCGCUGAGCGGUGAUGAGCAAGCCAUCUACGAUGCUAUUAGCUUCGAUGUGCCCGAAUAUCGCAAAGAUAUUGGAUGCAAUAAACUCAAUCAUAAAGAAGAUAAAACCCAAUUGUUGAUGCAUCGCUGGAGAUAUCCAAGUUUGUCAAUCCAUGGUAUCGAAGGUGCAUUCUACGAACCGGGCCAAAAAACUGUUAUUCCACGUAAGGUCACUGGUAAAUUCUCGAUUCGCAUUGUGCCAAACCAAACAAUUGCUGAGGUUGAACGUGUUGUACUGGCUCAUUUGAAUGCCAAGUGGGCUGAACGUGGCUCACCAAACUCAUUCAAAGCCUAUUUGGCACAUGGUGGUCAACCAUGGAAAGAAGAUCCAACUCAUCCACAUUAUGAAGCUGCUAAACGAGCCACGAAACACGUAUACAAAGUCGAUCCAGAUUUGACAUGCGAAGGUGGCAGCAUUCCAAUUACAUUGACCUUCCAAGAAGUAACUGGCAAAAAUUGCUUGUUGCUUCCAGUCGGUGCUGCCGACGACGGUGCUCACAGUCAAAAUGAAAAAUUGGACGUUCGCAACUAUAUUGAAGGAACGAAAUUACUCGGAUCUUAUCUGUACGAAGUCGGUCAACUAUCUUAAACUCUCUAAUUUUAAAUGUGAAUCCAUGGAAAAUAAUGAACUGCACUUCAGAGUGAAAUAUAGACCAUUUUUUAUGCCUAAAACGGAACAUUCAAUGCAUCAUAUAUAAAACAGUGAACUGAGAUACCUAAAAUCAUCACAUGUAAUGAAAUUUAUUUUCAUAAACAAAAAACAAUCAAUAUUUUUUAAAAAUAAAUGUUCACGUUGCAAAAAAAAUAUUAAAAAGAAAA